GCCGAUGUGUCAUAGGCCCGACGUCUUUAUAAAGGAAGUUUUAAACAAGCCUAAACACUUCACUGCGCGCAAAAAUUGGACUUACCACACUCGCAUCCCUCUCUCUGCACUGCUGUUGGCUCUCCUUCUCCAAACUGUUCAAGUGCCUCUCUGCACUCUAUAAAGACGACAGGGGCUCCUCUCAGACUUUACUAAAAACUUUUUUUCUCCUUUAUUUACUGACUCAGUUUUUUUUUCUUUCCCCGCUGUCUCCCUGCGUGCGCCUCUCAUCACCCCGCGCGCCCAUUCAUUCUGACAACUUUCCUCCUCGCUCUGACUGAAGAGUGCGAAGAAGAAACCGGGGCACGUGACAGUUUCCGGAGUUCAAUUUAUUUAUUAAUUUCCUAUUUAUUUAUUUAUUUGUCUCCGCUUGUCUGCUGGUUUACCUGUCUCUUGGACCCGAACCAAUAUGAAAUUGUUCCUCGACUCCUCCUCGUCGCUCCUCUUCUCGCUGCUAUUGGCCCAGCUGCCCGUGUUCACGUCUGCCUCUCCGGUACCACCGCGACGGGCCAGUGACUUGGACAAACUGUCCAAUCAGACCAAGAAUCUAAUGAAGCUAGCCCAAGAACUUUUGAGGGAGCAUGCAUUUGAACCAGACAUGGAAUCGCACAGGUUCAGGUCCCUGCCAGAAAUGAGCAACAGAUCGGUCAAUGGCCUCAACAAUCUUGAGCUGAAGCCCACACUUUCGCAGCUCCAUGCCGACCUGAAGCUGUACGAGCACCACUUUGAGUGGCUGAACAAGGUUUCAAAGAAGCACGAGCACCCUGCGUUACCCAAGCUGGUGGAGAUGAUCAGAGAAAUGAGAUCUCUCAUCAAUAUGCUGCACCGUCAGAUGCAGAGAGUCGAAGCACCAAGGCUGACUCAUACAACCCCUUCUCUCCCCCCACACGUCCCCUCUUCCUUUGAUGUCCUGCAGUCCAGCCAUGAGCUUCUCCAACACUUCAAGCUCUUCUGUGAUUGGGCAUACAGAGCGUUCAUCACCCUCAAGCCCAAAGCAUCUGCAGCACAAUGAGGAUCCAUAAUCCAAAGAGCCUGCAAGGACACCUGAAGUUCUUCCGCGCUCAAAGGGGAAACAUGACCAUGUCAGUGUGCACUGUAGUCUUCAGCAUCCCUGUAAAAGGCCCUAAUGUCAUCGUCAGUGACAUGUGUGUUGAGGAAUGUCUCUUCCUGAGAGAGCAAGAAAGGAUGCGGCACACUGCAGCAAGUUAUCACCAUCAAGAUUCCCGUUAAAGCAAACUGUCACUACAAUAAUCUUGUCACAAUUCGCCAAAUUAUCUCCCUAAAGGCCUUGUUAAUGACCAUGUUAUUUAUGUAUUUAUUUAUUUAU